CGGGCCUCCCCCUGAGCCCCGCAGCCGCCGCGGCCCGGGCCGGGGCAGGAAGGAGGCGGGAGGCGCCAUGUUGAGGCCCGCUGCGGAGGUUUAAAAAUGUCUGACCUGAAAAAUAUUGUACACAGAACCCAUUGUAUUGAAAAGCUACUGUCUGAGAAGAAUUUUGAAGAUGUUGAGCAUCAUCUUAAAGAGCUUGAAGAUGUUGAUAUGACUGUAGGGUAUCUUCAGGGAACAGAAAUUGUCAAGGCUGUAUACCUAGUACUCAAGAACUGCCCUUCAGUGGAGUUGAAAAAGAAAGCAAAGCAGUUAUUAUCAAGGUGGAAAACACUUUACAAGAGUAACUGUGCUCAGUCAGUGCAAGUUAAAAAGUUGGUUUCUGUGUGCGUGAAAGAGGAAAUUGAACAUCUCGAUGUGGUUCCCAGAGAGCAGUUGCUGUCUGAAAGACGGUGUGAACAGGAGGCAUUAGAUGCUACUAGUUCUAAAGUUUUGGUCCCCUUUCAAACUGUUAAAAAUGUGGUACAUAACAAUGCAGAAAGCAGCAUGAAUCAGCUUUCUUCACUUGAGGAACGACACAUUGAUAGUGAAGAUUCUAAACCUCUUGUUAACGAAGCAGGUCUGCAGCAGGAUCCAAUGAGAGCUCUGAGGUGUAAAUGUAGUGAUCUUCUUUAUAAAGCUUUGGCUGAUUCCGCCAAAGAUGAACAAGAAACGGAUAAAUGGCUAGAGCUAUCUAAAGAAAUUGAAGAACAUAUUUUUGCUCUUCAUGCUAAAAAUGACAAAAAGUAUAAAAACUGCAUCAGAAGCAAAAUCUCUAACCUGAAGAACCCUAAAAGUUGCCACUUAAAACAUAACCUUUUUUCAGGGACUUUGAGUCCAAAGGCUUUUGCUGAGAUGACAGUGAUGGAAAUGGCCAGCAACGAACUGAAAGAGCUCAGGGCUUUGUACACAGAAUCAUCUGUUAGGGAACAUCAGCUCCCACAAGUUGUUAAUGGCACACAGACAAACAAAAUAAAGUGUAGGCGCUGUGAAAAAUUUGACUGCACCGUCACUAUGAUCGCCAGGGGAACUCUCUUUCUUCCAGGUUGGGUGCGAAACACAAAUCCAGAUGAACAAAUGUUAACUUAUGUUAUUUGUAAUGAAUGUGGAGAACAGUGGUAUCACAGCAGAUGGAUUUGUUUUUAACACUAUCCCUCCUUAAUAAAUGGUUAAAAACAUAAGCAUGAGAAGGCAUUUCUGUUGAAACUGUAUAAUUUAAAAUUUUGUAUUGAUAUUUUGUAGAUGCUGCCACUAAAAAGUGCAAAAUCAGUUUUUAAAAAUUGCUGCAUUGUUUUUGAAGAUGAAUAAAUCUAUGUGUUUUCAAGUAAUGUCAGUAUGUAAAGAAAUAAAAGUAAAAAGGGAAAAAAAUGGUAACACUACAUUUGAGAGAGAUGUAUUCACUAGAAAACCUAUUGAAAAUAUUCCAAGUGCUGCAUUUAUUUCCCCAAGAUUCUGAGUACUUGGAAUAUUCAUUAUCUUCAGCUGGAGUUCUUUCAUAGGAUGCAUUUCAUUUACAGUAAACAGUUUCACAUACUUGUGUGCAUUGCAGAAUGUUCAGCUUGGAUUCACUCCUUAAUUAGAUCACUUUUUGCAAGUAAGUGUUAGAUUAUUAAGUUGGUUUGAGACGUAAUGUCUAAAAGGAGAAAAUUAAUGAAAAAUAGAGUGUAAAAGAAGGAGAAUGCAGUUAGCAAAUGAAAGCAAAAAUGAAAAUCUCUUUAGCUUUAUAGCUAUUGGGAGGAAAAUAUGUCUUGUCACUUAACAGUUCAAAUUUGCAAUAUAAGGUGGUGUGUCUAGCUUAAGAAAUUGAUGCAGGAUCAGACAAUGGUUUAUUUGAGAAAAUUAUGUAAAUACAUUAUUAAAUGUAUAUUUAUUUAAUAAAUAAAGGAAUUAAGUUAAAAUGA